CUUUAUAAACCUCUGUUCUUACCGCAGUAUUUGUUUACACUUAGUCACCAACAACUGGAGCGCUCCACAAAUACUAACAAAAAAUGUUGUCUUCCUUUUUGUUCGCGUUGUUCUUGCUCACUCUUACAACAGUAAGUCCCGUCUUACCGUCUUCAGUUAAUUAUAGUCGAGACCCAGAUAUCAUGGUACAAGAUGUGACCCAUGACAUUUGGCGCCUCGCCGACUGCGGCAUCGGCUUCGGCCGGAAUGCAGUCGGAGGCCGCAACGGCCGCAUCUACGUCGUCACCGACUCCGUCCACGACAACCCCCUUAGCCCCAUUCCAGGAACCCUCCGCCACGCCGUCAUCCAACCCGAGCCUUUAUGGAUCAUCUUUCAGUCCGACAUGGUCAUCCGUCUCCGCCAGCCGUUGAUCGUGGGGUCCCACAAGACGAUCGACGGUCGCGGGGCCAGCGUCCACAUAGGCGCCGGUGGCGCUUGCGUCGCGAUCCAUCGCGCGCAAAACGUGAUCAUCCAUGGGGUUCACAUACACGACUGCGCGAGGUCCGGGAAUGCCGUGAUUAGGGAUUCUCUGUGGCACGCUGGGUGGUGGGGGGCAUCUGACGGUGACGGCGUGUCGAUCUUCAGCAGUCGGGAUAUCUGGAUCGAUCAUUGCUCGCUGUCCAACUGUGCGGACGGGUUGAUCGACGCGAUCCACGGGUCGACUGGGAUAACGAUCUCGAACAACUAUUUUAGCCAUCAUGAUAAGGUGAUGUUGUUGGGGCAUAGUGAUGAGUAUGUGGAGGAUAAGGAUAUGAGGGUCACCAUUGCGUUUAAUCAUUUUGGGGAAGGAUUGGUUCAAAGGAUGCCAAGGUGCAGGCAUGGGUAUUUUCAUGUGGUGAACAAUGAAUAUACGCAUUGGGAAAUGUAUGCAAUUGGGGGGAGUGCUUCGCCUACUAUAUAUAGCCAGGGGAACAGGUUCCUUGCAGCCAAUGAGAGAUUCAGGAAAGAGGUGACCAAACACGAGCAUGCGCCGGAAAGUGAGUGGAGCCGGUGGAAUUGGAUUUCGGAAGGGGAUUUAUUUCUUAAUGGGGCAUAUUUUCGGCAGUCGGGGGCAGGGGCUUGGUCAACGUAUGCAAGGGCAUCGAGUUUAAAUGCAAGGCCAUCUUCUCUCGUGGCUUCAAUAACUUCAGCUGCUGGGGUACUUAGCUGCAGGAAGGGAUCCCGCUGCUAAUUAUUAUUCUUCACUUAACGUUUGACGAUGACGAGGCAAUGAUUGGAAAUUUAAAUACCUUAAUUUGGUCAUGGUAAAAAAUGAAACUAUAGUACUAAGCUAGAGUCCAUUGUCAUUUAAACCUUCAAGAUGGCAGGAAAGCGGUUGUGAUCCAGAUAUAUGAAUUCUAAAACUUGAAACAUGAUUCUUAAUGUGAAAGCGGAAAGAUGUAUCCAUACGGUACACUUUGUAAAACAACACAUUAUUCUACGAGAUGAGAUAAAGAAAAUCGCAUCAAAGCGGAAAGUUGUAACAAUGUAAAAACACAUUAUUCUACGACUUCACACACAAAUUACCAAGAGAAUACCAAAUUACCAAUCUACCCCUCACCGCAGAUAUAUCCAUCCAUCCUUAAAUUUCACACAACUAGCAUAACGNAAAACAAUCAAACAAAAAAUU